AACGAAGAAGAAAGCUGUCAGUUGUUGACGUACAGGCUAAAAGAGAACAACGUGCCGGAUUGAAUUUAAGUGUAUACGCAUGAUACAAUCAUUUUAAUAGUGUAUAAAACUGUGGAACGGUCAUGGAUAUAGAACUGUAUUUGAUAGCUGCUUCCAUCCUCGCGGUGAUGAUAUUUUUCGCUGUGAAGUUGCGGAAAAAGACGCAGGAAGCUGAUAGAGAGAAUGGCCAAGCUGUUGUCAGAGCUGCAGGUGUUCGCCAACGGCCAGUUGUGGAGGAGCGAGGCGCCGGAAUGCCGCGUAGGAGGAGAAACCUUGCAGCGGUGAUGGCCAACAGACGACCGCAGAUGCAACAAGAGGAGCUCGAAGAGGACCGAGAAGACCACCAACCUGGGGAGGGGGAGGACGAUGAGCCAGAACAACAGACCUUUCAGCCAAGUGCUAAAAUUGGAGCUAAAAAGCAAAAGAAGCUGGAGGAGAAGCAGGCCAAGAAAGCCCAGCGAGAGGCCGAGUUGGAGGAGCGUGAAGAAAGGAGGAAGAUGCAGGAACUAAGAGAGCAGGAGAGACGGCAGGAGGAGGAGAAAGAGAGACUACUGGAAGAGAAACAGGAGGAGGAGGUGCGGAGGGCCAAAGAAGAGCAAGAGAGACGGGAGGAGGAGGAGUACCUAAAGCUCAAAGCUUCUUUUGUGGUAGAAGACCAGGGCGAGGAGGCGGAGCUCUCUGAAGACCAGUCACGGAACCUACUCCAAGAAUUCAUACGUUACAUAGAGAGCUCUAAAGUUGUUCUACUGGAAGACUUGGCCUCUCAUUUUGGGAUGAGAACACAGGAUGCCAUUGCUAGAUUGCAGGACCUGCUGGCAGAAGGCUCUCUCACAGGUGUCAUUGAUGACAGGGGUAAGUUUAUUUCCAUCACUCCAGCGGAACUGGAUUCUGUGGCUCAGUUCAUCAAACAAAGAGGCAGGGUUUCCAUCACGGAGCUGGCCCAGGCUAGCAACUCUCUGAUCAGUCUGAGUCCAGUGAUCCAUACCACAACCUGAGAACAGGACUUGAUCCGCGCUGAAUAUUCCACUGGUCUACAGCCGUCUCACACCUUUGUGCGGCGGCUUCAGCGGAGUUCAUCAGUUUUGUCUUUUGUUGUCUUACCAAAAAUGGCAACACGGACCUUCUUGUCAUGCAACUCAACCCUUUCCAUUACUCCUGAGGACUUAGGUUUGACUUUGGCCAUUGCAGUCUUUUUCUGUCGGAGAGAUUUUCCAGGCCACAGUAUCAUGAUUGUUUCGCCACAGUGGAUCAGCAUCGUGACUUCUGGCCUUUAUAUUCCGGAUGCCCUUCCUGACAAAUACCCAUGAUGCUUACUAGUGGAGAUUCGAACCCGCGCAAAGUCCAGAAAGCUAAUCACUACACCACGGCGGGCCCAGGACACAGUAUCAUAUUUUUUUAAUUAAAAAAACAAGUUUCAUGUGCUCC